CGGCAUGUCCAUAUCGUCAUCCAUCUCUCGACCGUAAUCCCACGUCCCCCAACGCCACGCAUUCAAACCCUUCAAUUUCCGGCCCCAUCCUCCCGCGUGUGGACCAGGAUCCGUGCCGCGCGAACCGUUGGCCACGAUGGAGCGUCGCGUUAUCGGGAGCCUAUCCGGUGUCCCGCCGGGGGGAUGAGGGCGCCCAUCGCCAGUGGCCGGGAUCCACCGGCCUCGCCGAGCCGCACGCCGCCGCGCGCAACCCGUCCUUGGCUAGCUUGGUCCUCCGCGCGCAGCCGCUCCCGGCACUAUUUCUUGCGCGCGUAUAUAUAAGGAGGGCGCCAGGCACCGCCCAUCUGCAGACAAUGUCGACCGCCGCGGCUAACUGGUGCUACGCAACCGUCGCGCCCCGUGCCCGCUCCUCCACCAUCGCCGCCAGCCUCGGCACCCCCGCGCCCUCCUCCUCCGCCUCCUUCCGCCCCAAGCUCAUCAGGACCACCCCCGUCCAGGCCGCGCCCGUCGCACCUGCAUUGAUGGACGCCGCCGUGGAGCGCCUCAAGACCGGGUUCGAGAAGUUCAAGACCGAGGUCUACGACAAGAAGCCCGAUUUCUUCGAGCCGCUCAAGGCCGGCCAGGCGCCCAAGUACAUGGUGUUCGCGUGCGCCGACUCGCGUGUGUGCCCGUCGGUCACCCUGGGCCUUGAGCCCGGUGAGGCCUUCACCAUCCGCAACAUCGCCAACAUGGUCCCGGCCUACUGCAAGAACAAGUACGCCGGUGUUGGAUCGGCCAUCGAAUACGCCGUCUGCGCGCUCAAGGUUGAGGUCAUCGUGGUGAUUGGCCACAGCCGCUGCGGUGGAAUCAAGGCUCUGCUCUCGCUCAAGGAUGGCGCAGACGACUCCUUCCACUUCGUUGAGGACUGGGUCAGGAUCGGGUUCCCGGCCAAGAAGAAGGUGCAGACUGAGUGCGCCUCCAUGCCUUUCGAUGACCAGUGCACCGUCCUGGAGAAGGAGGCCGUCAACGUGUCCCUCCAGAACCUCUUGACCUACCCGUUCGUCAAGGAGGGUGUGACCAACGGAACCCUCAAGCUCGUCGGCGGCCACUACGACUUCGUCUCCGGCAAGUUCGAAACAUGGGAGCAGUAAAUCUUCCCCACCGGUUAACUCCGACAUAUACAAACGUACAUAUAUCAAGAUAUCGUCCGAUCGAUGUGAAUGCAAUGCCAUGGGAGUGCGUACCCGUUAUUGUCCAGUACUGGAUGCCGGAUGGCCCGAUGUGAAUUUGCCAUAAGCAAUAGAACCUUUUUUUCUUCACCAUUUUCUGACGAGGAAUUGUACUGCUAUGUGAUGCAUAAUUUGAUCGUCUUGUGAUCGAAAGACAUCAUAUAUAAGUUUAAUAUAAUAUUUUCAUGAACCGUUUACCUUUUUA